GCCAGUCGAUGCAGAUUGCAGUAGUCGCUCCCGACUUUAUGCGUUAAAAAAUCAAUGAUCAUCUGAUUAUAUUCUAGGUUUAUUCUGCGAUAUUUUACAUAAUUUACUUAACGAUACUGUAGGUUACAUAAAUUUUGUAAGAUUACUCGGUACAAGAGAGCGACAGACGAAAAACGUGCAUAUUCUUCACUAGUCCGGAAUAGCUGCUGCGGUUCGAACUAGCUAACGCUAGUUAGCAUUAGCAGCACCGGGGCCCAGGCAAGCAAAUUCUCUUGAUAAUAAGGAAUUUCCGGGCUAUUUGUUUAACACAUUUCGGAGACAUUAAAGCGCAAUGGCUUGUGGAGCUACUCUGAAAAGGACUCUGGACUUUGAUCCAUUAAUGAGCCAGGCUUCCCCCAAAAGAAGGAGGUGUGCACCCGUCAUGUCGCCGGUAUCUUCGCCGCAGAAAUAUCUGCGUAUGGAGCCCUCACCUUUUGGAGAAGUGUCGUCCAGACUCACCACAGAGCAAAUUCUACACAAUAUAAAACAAGAGUACAAGCGUCUGCAGAAACGUCGGCAUCUGGACUGUGCUUUCCAGCAGACAGAGGGCUGCUGUCCUCAGGAUUUGCAGAGCAUUCAGGGUACAUCUCUCCUACCAGGUACAUCCUCAGGUGCCUCUUCACCCACCAGGAAAGAACAGCCGCUGUUUUCCCUCAGACAGGUUGGGAUGAUCUGUGAGAGACUACUGAAGGAGCGGGAGGACAAAAUCCGUGAGGAGUAUGACGAGAUACUGACGACAAAGCUUGCUGAGCAAUACGAUGCAUUCGUCAAGUUCACACAUGACCAGCUGAUGCGAAGGUUUGGAGAGCAGCCUGCUAGUUAUGUUUCCUGAGUGCUGCUGUGAUUUUUUUUUUUUUUUUGGCGGGGGGGUCGCAAGCUACUCCAGGGACUUCUUGAGUCUGUAUGGACUUUUCUCCCAGCUGUGCCAUGUCGCCUCUAUGUGGACUUUUUGUGGCAUCAACAUUUGCUGUUGCUCCCAGGGUUUGGAGGGCUUCCUGCUGCCAACAUGUCAGAGGACUCCCUGAAACUACCAGUGGCCUCUUAACUGCCGUGUCAAUAUUUAUUUGGCUGUAUUCUGAUGCCUUCACAAAAGGCUGACUGCCACCACACACUUGGCCUUUUGUUUUAAUUUUUUAAUGUGUCCUAUUGAGUAAUUUCACCGAGGAUGUUUUGCAGUUUUUCUGUAUGUUUUGAAAAAGGGAUUGAACAUUGACUGAAUGAAGGCAGCUUUCCGACUGGACAUCAGGAAGAGUUGUUUUGGGUUUUCUCAACAUUGUAUAAACUGUACCGGUGAUUACUACUUUUACAUUUGUACAUUUGUAUACACCAUAUUGUUUUCUCUUUUUUGUUUUUUGUUUUUUCCUUUUUGGCUUGACUUUAGUUGACUGUAACAAAAUUCUACUUUGUUUAUUAAUUGCUUUGGUUUGCUGUAGGUUUCAAUGGUUUUUAUUUCAAGUAAAGAAAAUUAAUAAAGUCUUUACUUAAAUGUU